GAUGUAUUUAAAAGUUUAAUACGAAGUACAAUUUUUUUUACAACGUUUUCUUAUAAAAGUACAUAAUUACCCUUAGCUUUUCUAAUUUUUAUUUUCUUUUUUAUAAUAUUCAUUACUACUAUUAUGGAGUGAGAGAACUUUCAAAUAGGGGUGGAGUAUCUCAUUUGGAAAUUUGAAUCUUCCAAAACUACCCUCUUCGUAAUGGUACUCCAACUUGUGUUGGGCGUGCUACCUAUUCCUCCUUCAAACAGGAGAACUCUCGUUCCUUAUUAACUCUGCGCCAAAACUCUCGCGCCUUACCAUCCGAGUCAAAGAAUUUUCACCCUCUCCGUUUGAAAUCCUUUCAGCCGUUGAACUCCUUGCCAAUUUAAAUCAUAGUGUUGAUGAGGGCGUAGGAAACCAGGACAUACGCAGCAGCCAACAACUUGAAGCUCCACAGAAGGCUCCGUUACAGUAAGAAAUAAUCACUACUGAGUUAUUUUCAUUCUCUUCUGCCUUCCUGCGUUUUUUUGGUCUCCCACGUCUAUACGCUUGUAAUGCAAAGUAUGAUAAGCUUAUUUUACGCUCCAUACCUGACGAUUGCAUCGUAUUGCCGCGAAAUCAUGAGCAGACUUUACUUCAUAACCGUUGAGGCUUUACAGACUUUUUGUUUUCGACCUUUUCCCCAAUCGUACCUUUUUGCCACAAACUUUCAGUUCAUCUCCCCCUCUCUAUAUCUUCUGUAAGAGUAUAAUGUAGUACGAAGUAUAUGGCUACAUGCGGAUAAAGACUGUUUGUGUAUGUAUAGGCUUCCUACAAAAACUAAUGUUGAUGUAUUAGGAGUAAAUUUUUAAUCUACAUUGUUAUGUCUUGAUGAUCACUGUUGUCACAUCUGGAAUUUUGACUUGCGAUUGAGUAUGAGAACAAUGCCAGUAGUAUAGGUAUAUUUGAAACUUUUCUAGACUUCUGGCGUUUUGGUUGUUACACGUGUCUUUCUAUGUAGUAAUGUAGUAUUUCCUAGUAGGGAGGAGGCACUUGUUUCGUAAACAUAAUUGAACGUUGAUUUGCGGAUUUCACAUUAGCUCGGGUAAAAAGUAAGACGAACAUUGUUUAAUUGUUGUUUUCUGCUUGUGAUUUUUACUAUUGGUAUGAUUUGCGCUGAAUCUGACCGCUGUUUGGUGUAAGACUCAAUUGGAAUUGUGAAAUUGGGGUUUGAAUUUAGCCGAAUCUGCAUUGCGUUGUACUAUUUUAGUGUUUCCAAACAAAUCCCUUUGAAGUAAAAGUAUCAAAUUAUAUUUUCUGCGUGCCAGUAGUUGUGAGUUGACAUCACAUUGAUUUCAGGUGAGAGGAAAUGACGGGUUUGCUGAUUGUUCAACCUCCUGAUCUCAAAUUCACAUGUAAGCUCAAAUACUCAAUAAAAGGCGUCUUCUAAUCAUCGGAGGAAAUCUAAGCAUUACUUAAAUUCCUUUUGUAAUUUUUCCUCUGGAUCAUGUACUUUUAUAUGGCUUGAGAAUAAUAUCAGUAUCAAUGCCUUGGGCUCUAUUUUUGUCCAUCUUGUUCUCUUUUUUCUUUAAUUUCUUCAUGCCUUGAUUAUAUUUUUCGUUGGAUGUAUUUGUAUCUUUCAUUUUAAAGCUUGUAAAUCUUCUAAUACUAUUUCUUUUGCUCCAGUUGAGUUGCUGAAACAAAGUUCGUGUUCUGUUACUCUAACCAACACCACAGUUCAAUGUGUAGCAUUUAAGGUGAAGCAGUUUUCUUUUUUCACUAAAUGAUGUGCUAUCAAUGAGGACUACAUUCAUGUUCAUUAGAGUUUUCUAGUUAAAUCGUAUAGCUCAAAAUCCUCAUAUGCUCAAUCAACUUCUUUGACUGUUUUCUAGCAGAAACAUACGGAUUCGAAUCUUAAAAUGCUUUUCUUCUUAACUGAAUAUCUCAUGUGAGAAAGCCAAUCCUCUCAUUUUGCAGGUGAAAACAACAACACCUAAAAAAAUACUGUGUCAGACCUCAUAUAGGCAUCAUCAAGCCAAACUCAACAAUUAAUUUAAGAGGUACUAGUGCUAAUCCUUUUGUGUUCGAGUACUAUGCAGAAUUCUAUCCGAAAACUUUCUACUAUUAUGCAUUUAUGCUUAUACAUGUCUUCUGCUUUUAGGGAGUACCGAAUGAAUAAUUACUUUAUUAGGAAUAAAGCACAAUUUUCCACUGGAAAGUGUUGUGGCGUUAUAUUUCCAACUAGCGUUCUGUCAUAUGAAGCAUUUGAAUAUAUAAUUUUGUAGCGAAGCAUUCACCACAGUUAACUGUUGUUAUGUUUAUAAUAAAUAGAAUUCAAUGCUCUAUUCUAGGAGGCCACCUAUGAGGGAUAACUAAAUUGUUUCUAGUUCUUUUAGCGGCGCAUUCAACAAUAUUAACUAUUGUUAUGUUUAUAUAAAUACUACAUAAAGUUCAAUGCUCAAUUCUUGAGACCACCUAUGAGGUUGCUUAUAGUUCCAAUUUCUAUCUGCACUCACAUGUAGUGUAUGUUUGGCAUAGCAUUUCAUCUCGGUUGACACCUGUCCAUAUCUUUACUUGUUUGGUAAAUACUCUUUUUUCCAAAGCAGGAUAAAGGGAAAGUUACUUGAUGUAGCUUUCCUUUAAAUCUAUUUCGGUCUUUUCAUCUAGUUUUCCCAAAUAUGCCUGUUUGUUUCAUCUCCUUCUACCUUCGUUAAUCUUUAUUUUUGUCUAUUGUUUUAUCUUUCAUCUAGAUGUUCAUCUAGUUGUGCCAAGCAUACAUCUAGUUUGUUCAAAUACCUACAUAUCAGCUUGUUUUAUUUAUUAUCACAUAUCAGUAACUAUCUGUCCUGACUGUUCUCCCGGCAAUGCAGUUACUAUGCAAGCUCAGAGGACUACUCCAGCUGAUAUGCAAUGCAAUGAUAAAUUUUUAAUUCAGAGCACUAUUGUGCCCCAUGAGAAGAUGGAAGACACAAUUAUUUCUGAAAUGUUCAUGAAGUAUAAAGCAAAGUACAUCCAUGAGAACAAGCUAAAGGUCCUUCUAAUCAGCCCUCCAGAGUCUCCGGUUUGGCAGCCAGUUAAUGGAGUCCUGAAGGAAUACUUUCCUGACAACUCGUCAACUUUGAAUGAAAAGUUGCAGAUUGGAGUUGAAAAUCUUCCUCCACCCCAUGAGGUAACAGAAAUGAUGGGUUUGGUGAUUAUUCAACCUCUUGAUCUCAAAUUCACAUUUGAGUUGCGGAAGCAAAGCUCCUGCUCUGUUACUCUAACCAACACCACAGCUCAAUGUGUAGCAUUUAAGGUGAAAACAACACCACCUAAAAAAUACUGUAUCAGACCUAAUAUAGGCAUCAUCAAGCCAAACUCAACAAUUAAUUUGAUAGUUACUAUGCAAGCUCAGAGGACUACUCCAGCUGAUAUGCAAUGCAAGGAUAAAUUUUUAAUUCAGAGCACUAUUGUGCCCCACGAGAAGAUGGAAGUUCGUGAAGGAUAAAGGAAAGUACAUCCAAGAGAACAAGCUAAGGAUCUUUCUGAUCAGUCCUCCAGAGUCUCUGGUUUGGCAGCCAGUUAAUGGUGUCCUGAAGGAAGACUCUCCUGACAAGUCUUCAACUUUGAAAAAAAAGUUGCAGAUUGGAGUUGAAAAUCUUCCUCCACCCCAUGAGGUUCUUUUGAGGAAGGCUUUUGGGCUGAUAACCCCUUUGAUCAGAAUAUUGCGGCCCUCAACAAAACACCUAAGCGGAAUGAUAUCUUCGGAACAAGUGACACCGCAAUCAUUAUCUGUUCCACUUCUUCUAAGCCAAGAGAAGGGUUAAGACUUAAGAGCAGUGGCAGACUUACAGUAUAAUGAGGGUGUGCACGGGCUACACCUCAAAAAUGGUCAUUAGCCUAGAUGGCUUUAGUAUUUUUUUAGAAUCUAACAAUGCUUCACGUCAGGUCUUCGAAGCUACUUGGGUGCAUUUAUCAUUUUUAUUUUUAAAUAAAACAUUCAAUAUCGUUUUACUAUUGCAUCA